AUGAUUCCAUCUGCCCUCUGGAUCCUCUUGCUUUACGUUCGCCUCGCACCGGCCUUGCAUAACCGCAGUGAGAGGAUCAGCGUUGUCCUGAGCCACGAUGCGACUUUUAAGACUGCAGCACCGGUGCGGUCGCUGUGGUCGGACAAUGUUUCGAGGCUAAUCAGGCGCCAGAGUGGCGCACACAACGUGGAACCCGGCACACCGGCCUUGCCUGAAGGCGCUGUGGUUGGAGAGGUGGUCUUUGCCGUCCGCCUGCGGAAGCUGGGCUUGACAUCCAUUGCUGGGAUCGUCGGUGCCUACUGGGUGACCGUUUUCAGGGAGACUUCCAAGGAGAGUCCUGGGGAAGACAGGAGCCUUUUGUCUGCAGCGCCCCAAGCACUGCCGUGGAUGGUGCUGUCCUUGAUCCUCUCCAUCUUCAACAAGUGGAUCUUCAUUCCGUCGGGGGCCGACUUCCCCUAUCCGCUCACACUUUCCUGUUGCCACAUGUUCACCACGAGCCUCGUACUUCACAGCCUGCGCCUCUUCAAGCCGAGCCUUUUCCCGGGUCUGCGCGAAGGACUUCGCAGUGAUUGGGAGACGUUUCGCGCCGUGCUCCUUGUAGGUGGCCUGCUGGCCGUGUCGGUGGUGCUGUCCAACUCGGCCGCCAUGCUUCUGUCGGUGGCCUUCAUCAACAUGCUCAAGGGUGGAAACUCGCUGUUCGCCCUCGCUCUCGGCCUCGCCGUGGGCACGACCCAGUGGCCCACAGCUCUCCAGCUGAUGUGGCCGGUGCUGAUCAUAUCUGCGGGCGCGGCAGCCACCAUCCAUGGCGAGCUCUACCUCAGCCACGUCGGCCUUCUGCUGCUGGUGGUGGCCAUCUUGGUGGAACAGUUCCGAUUGGUCCUCUUCAAGUCCAUGAUGUCUGAAACUGGUUUGAAGCUGGAUCCGCUCUCGGCUCUGUCUCUCUUCGCACCAGUGGCCUUCCUUGUCGCUGCACCCUUCGCACUGGGAGAGCUGCGUGCGGCAGUGCACGUUCUCGAUCCCAUGCGAGGCAGCGCUCUGAUUCUGAAUGCGCUCACCGCAGUGACCCUCAACGUGGCCUAUUCCAGAUUGUUGAAGGUGGCCAGUCCGGUGACCUUCACCGUCUUCGGCACUGCCAAGGAUGUUGCAACUGCCGGGCUCUCGCUGUGCAUCGUGGGCGGCGUUGUCACCCCCUUGCAGCUUUGCGGCUAUGGCGCCACGUUGUUCGGCAUGCUGCAGUAUGAUCGGACGAAGCGGCAACAAGCGGGCGCUCAGUGA